CUGCCACUUGCCUUCAGGCGCUCGACGGCGGCGGACGUCGGGCUGCCUCCGCACGACAGAAGUCCACGUGAAUACAUUAUAUUUUUAACGCAACUUUUAAAAUCUCAGAAAGCAGCCAGGUCCUAAGUUUAUGCGCCGGAGCCACUGCACGGCUUCUUCCGCAGAAGCAUCCAGAAGCAGAUCGAGUACCGCUGCUUGCGGGACGGCAAGUGUCUCGUCAUCCGGCUGAACAGGAACCGCUGCCAGUUCUGCCGCUUCAAAAAGUGCCUUUCGGUUGGCAUGAGCAGGGACUCCGUCCGAUAUGGUCGCGUCCCGAAGCGCUCUCGUGAAGUAGUGAAUGCGGAGAACAUACCAGAUAUCGCCCGGAAUCUAACUGCAGCCGGCAUCGUGAUUCCUCUACCGGAAAUGGAGGCCAUGGACCCCGAGUCCUUGCGACAAGGGGUGGCCGAGGAACUGAUGAGGCUGGUGGGCACGGCCCACCGGUGCAAUAAUACGUACACAGACGAGCUGCGGCGCACCAUAAAGCGCCACGCUCUGGUCGUGAAAGAAGACUCUGACAAUGAACCGAGCAGCACGCAAGAGGCGGCGGCCUCGUCCACGUCGGACCGCGUGAGCGACGCGCGCUCCACGCUGUGGUUCAACGUGGCUCUGCGAAUGACCCCGGCCGUACAGCAGGUCGUGGAGUUCGCCAAGCGCCUGCCCGGCUUCAACACCCUGCCCCAGGAUGACCAGCUGAUCCUGAUCAAGCUAGGGUUCUUCGAGGUGUGGAUCACCAGGGUCACCAGGCUGUCCAGCUCCGAAUGCCUCGUCUUCGAUGAUGGAACCACGCUUAGCGUCAAACAAUUGGAAAUCAUCUAUAGCCCUACAUUUACUCGAGCAAUGCUGAACUAUGUCAGUACUAUGCUCAAGAUCGAUAGUACUGAAGACGAAAUCGCCAUCUACACUGGAUCAUUGUUGCUGUGCCCCUACCGCGCUGGGCUGGCCGAGAGCGAGAAAAUAGACACACUCAACCGCGCUCUUGGAGACGCACUUCAUCUGGCCAUACAAGCCAGCGGCAGAGAGGUGUCCGGGCGCUGGGAGGCGUUCGCCAGCGCCGCCAACGAGGUGCGCGCGCUCGGGCUGCACCAUCACGAGCUGCUCUCGUGGUGCCGCCAGCACUGGCCGCGCCUGGUGCUGCCGGCGCUUUUCGCAGAGAUGUUCGACAUCCCCAAGCACGAGGAGGAGCCCCCAGCCGACGGCGCCCGCGCCUCCGCCGCAAGCAGCGUCCUAAACUAAACUAGGUCUUUUUUUUUUCGAUUUUUGUAGACUAAUCAAUGCUGGUAAUUGUUAGGUAGGCGUGUUCAGGUAGUCGCUUUACAUAUGAACCGGGCGCUCCGGACUAUUCCCACUAGUUUGAUUUAAAGUAAUCGCUGGUUCUCCGAACCAUUCGGUGAUCUGGCUGAGAUUUAGUUUUUAAAUUAGCCACGAUUCAUAAUAUGUAUUGAAAUUAACUCGCAUUUAAAAUUGCGCUUAAUAAAUGUUAGAAAAUUAUUAUGAUAGUUCAAUGUAAUUAUGUAAUGUUCUAUGUUAGGAUGUACAACACAUUUUAUCCAUAAAAUAAUAAUAAAAAAAUAUAAUUAUACAGCUAAAUUAAACUACUAGUGAUAGAUCGUGAUUCAUAAUUAAAGCUAGCUAUCUGAUGCCCUUUUUUCUUUGUUUAUGUUUUUAUACUAGUUUAUUUCUCAUGUGGUGGACCCAAUUUUUUACAUAUUCAAUUUUAUUUUAACGAGUUAAUUCACCUUGGUCCUUGCCAAUAAUAUACUUUAUUUUUAAAGUGCACUCCUGCGCAUCCCUGUUGGAUCGCCAACAUGGCGUAGGGAGGCGACCGUCGCGCGCGUGUAACGGGCACCGGGUUAAUGGGCGCGUGUAAUGCGUUUAGCCGUAGGCCUAGUUACUAAUGUAUGAUAAUACGAUAUAAUAGCUACCUUUCAUAUAGAUGCUAAUUACUUGCGGGCUUAUCACUAUCAUCCAAGUAUUACUCGUAUUUGUCACUAGGUUAAAAUUAAAGUAUAUUGUCACUGUAAGCACCCAGGAGAAUUUAGUUGACUGCCGGUCUACUCUGCAAUACGUUUCGAUGAAGCAAGAUCUGAACGUUUUGAGGGUUUUUGUCAACAGCUCGAAAGUGUAUUUUAAAUAUAAGAUUUUAUUAGUUUAGAUAAUUUUGCUGUGGUGCCUAAGCAUCUCAGAUUAGUACCUAAAAAUAAUCAGGUGGUGGGAUUGUUUCUUCUUUGUAGAUUUAUUAUUAAAGAUGGAGCCUAACAUAGAGGCUACCGCGUUAGUAAUAGUAGAGUAAUAAUAUUCCUUUUCAGUGUUUACUGUUUAGUAAGGAUAAUAAUCUCAAGUGUCCCUCUCUCCGCUCUGUCAUAUCGAUACACACCAGCAGUUCACAAACCUCAAAGAUUAGACCAUAUCAGAGUAGAGUAUUUUAGCAUUUUGAAGUCGACAAAUGCACAAAUGCUAUCAUCGCACAGUAGAAGCCAAGUAAACGGAGAUUAUGUACUCGAUGGAAUCUGUAUCUUUUGGUAGAUUAGUUUGUUAGUUUCUUAUUUUAAUAUAUACAAUAAGGGAAGAAAUGCGAGAAACGCGACUGCAGGAAGUUAUGUACAUGGGGAUUAAGAGAAGGGUAGAGUCAUUGCUCACUCACAUGUUCCACGACGUCACUUUAGGUUUAGACAGUGGCUCCACACACCUGGCAGGUAUGUUUGGUGUUAAUCUAUCGCCUAGUUUUAAAAAUGCAUUUAUUCGUAUCUUGGCUCGGUGUUCACCUAUAAUUGGGAUUGUUCCUUUAGCUUAGCUACAACAUAGUAGGUACAGUAGGAACAGUAGGUCCGCAAUUUGCCAAAUGCAUUUACCUACAACAUUGGAGUGAAUUUAAGUUUAAUUUUAUGAAAUAGUGUAGUGCCCAUUGUCACUGAUUGAUACAAGUUAGUGAAUAGGUCGCAAUUUUUCGUAGUUUUAGGUUUUUCCGCUCUUGCUCUCUAUAAAAUCAAAAUAGAAAACGGAAACAGUGAAUUUUAUUUAAGGGCAUAUAAUAUAACUGGCUGUGUUUAAAUUUAUGUUUCUUGUUCUUUAAGUUUUAACUCUAGGAAAAAUCCCCGGUGAUGUCCUCGAGGAGCAGAGCAUCCCCGCGGCGAUUUUACUGGACUUAGAUUUAGUUUUAUUGUUUAAUGAAUACGCGGGACUGCACACACGCGACUUAUCACACAGAUUCAUGUAGCUAGGUUAUGAUUUACAGAAACUUGACUCGCACUAUUAAUAGUAUUAAGGUUUAGAUUCAUUUUGCUCAAUUUUCGGUGGCGUUUUCUUAGUUCCUUCCUCACCCUCACCUCGAUCCGAAUUUUAGAAAGAUUUUACUUUUUUGCAUUUAUUCUAAUCGCAGUAAGUAGCAUGCUCGGGUGUGAUAGUAUUGUAUAAAUUUUUGUCUUUUUUUGCUUUAUAUAAGUUAUAGUUUAUAAAAUGAAAAUUUUAUUAGAAUAAAUUAACAUUAUGAUUUAGUUCAUAAUAAGCCCGUGAUUUUAUAGUUUGCAAGUAAAUUGGUUUAGCGUAUACCUACUUUAUUUGCUUUUUAGCGUGGUCAUAUUGUAGCAGUCGUAAGAUUUUCAUAUAAAACCAAUUUACUUGCAACGGGCGACGGUGUGUUUAGAUAUAGUCAUAAUGUAAACUUUAGGUAUUAAUGGAAAAUAAACUGCAACAAAAA